GUGUUAGAUGCACACUGGCAUACACACCUGGAAGUGAAGAGCAAACAAGCGACGGGGUUGAACUUUGGCAAAUAUUCUCUGUUCGACUAGGAGCAGGCUUGCUCUCGAAGGCGCUGGAGUCUCAAUCUCUGUAUUUGUUUCAUCCCUGCAGUUACGAUGGAGUAAUUGGUCACUCAUGAUUCACCAAUGAAUGGAGCCGUUGGAACCAGCCCCGCUGUGGCCCCGUGUUGAGAUCUGCACAGGAAACCCAAGUGAUGGAGUUGAGACGUCUCUGCUCUUAGAUGCGAUUAUGUUUAGUUGUGGUUUUUAUUAAAAAAAGAAAAAAAACCAAACCUCUUUCUGCUGGAGGAAUUCCGGCUCGUCAGCUAUUUUGGUUCCUGUCUUGCUUUCACUACUUUGUGAAAGGAGACGUAAAAAGGAAGGAAGGGGAGAGCGAGAGAGAGAACGACAGAGGAGGGGAGACGGACGUAUACAGUGUGGACAUCUCGGUGCGCGCCAGUUGUUUUCAGGAGCAGCUGAGAAGAGUACGAGUGACAGCCCAUCGAUCCGUCUUGUCCUGAAACAAAGCCGAGACAACAUGGUCCGGUGGUUCCACAGAGACAUCACAGGCCUGCAGGCUGAGACGAUGCUGAAGGAUCGAGGCAUGCCUGGCAGUUUCUUGGCUCGACCCAGCAGGAAAAAUGUUGGAGAUUUUUCCCUGUCUGUCAGGUUGGCUGAUACGGUGACCCACAUCCGCAUCCAAAACACAGGAGACUUCUACGACCUGUAUGGGGGGGAGAAGUUUGCCACGCUGUCGGAGCUGGUGGACUACUACACAUCGGAGAGCGGCAACCUCCAGGACAAGGACGGCACUCUCAUCGAGCUCAAAUAUCCCUUCAACUCGUCCGACCCCACCACUGAGAGGUGGUACCAUGGUCAUCUGUCGGGCCCCAACGCGGAAAAGCUGCUCACUGCACGAGACGAGCCGGGGACCUUCCUGGUCAGAGAGUCUAUGUCCAAACCCGGAGAUUUUGUCCUCUCCGUUCUGACGGACGAAAUCAGCAAAACUGGAGGAAAGAGGGUGUCCCACAUCAAGAUAAUGUGCCAGAAUGACCGGUACACGGUGGGAGGCUCAGAAAUGUUCGACACGCUGACAGAUUUAGUGGAGUUCUACAAACGCAAAGGCAUCGAGGAGGUCUCCGGAAACUGGGUUUAUCUCAAACAGCCCUACUACUCCACCAGGGUGAAUGCAGCGGACAUCGAGAGCAGAGUCAAGCAGCUGGACCAGACCGCAAAGCAGCAGGAGGAUGGCGAGGGGAUGAAGAGCAAGGCGGGCUUCUGGGAGGAGUUUGAUGCUCUUCAGAAGUUGGAGGCGAAGGUCAAGAAGAGCAGGGAGGAAGGCCAAAGAGCGGAAAAUAAAAGCAAAAACAGAUACAAGAACAUUCUUCCCUUCAACGACACCAGAGUCACCCUGAAGGACACUGAUCCUAACAUCGUGGGCUCAGAUUACAUCAAUGCCAACUAUGUGAUAAACAAACUGCGGGAGCCAGGAGGACAGAAGCAAUACAUUGCUACUCAGGGAUGUCUAUUGACAACUGUCAACGAUUUCUGGCAGAUGGUAUGGCAGGAGAAAACGCGUGUGAUCGUUAUGACAACAAGAGAGGUGGAGAAAGGACGGAAUAAAUGUGUGCCAUACUGGCCGAAGCUUCACGAAGCAAAGGAGGUAGGACCUUACGUGGUGUCCUGCGAGUCGGAGACGGUAGCUGCUGAUUACCUGGUCAGAGUUUUGGAGCUCACUCAUGUGAAACAGCCAAAACGUUCCCGUACCAUAUGGCACUACCAGUACCUCAGCUGGCCUGACCACGGCGUUCCCGACGAGCCAGGCGGUGUCCUCAGCUUCCUCACCCAAGUGAAUAUGAAACAGGCUGAAUAUGCCGACACUGGCCCCAUGAUCAUCCACUGCAGUGCUGGAAUCGGUCGGACGGGCACAAUUGUGGUUAUCGACAUGAUCAUUGAAACCAUUGACACUAUUGGUCUGGACUGUGAUAUUGACAUACCAAAAUACAUACAAAUGGUGCGAGAGCAGCGCUCUGGUAUGGUGCAGACUGAGCCCCAGUACAAAUUCAUCUACCUGGCUGUUUCCGAGUACAUACAGACCACUAAAGCCAAAGAGACUGCCUGCAUGCAAACUGAGACCGAGUAUGGAAAUCUGCAACUCAAACACCAGCCGGCGAGCAGGAAGGUGUCAAAAAACAAGGAGGAUGUUUAUGAGAAUCUGUCCAAAGGGAAAAAAGAUGUGAAAAAGUCCAAGUCUGACAAGAAAAGUGGAUCGGUGAAGAAAAGAUAGAAGACAGAGAUGUUUCAUUGUGUUAUAUUUAUGCAGACACUCUUUUUGUGUAGAUAAUAAGUCACAAAGUGGAGGGCCUAUGCAAAAUAAAUUAAGAUAAAUAAAAAUGAUCAUGAGAAAACCUGUUGAUGUUUCAUGUACCACAUGAAUGCUUGGAUGAUGUGUGUUUGAAAAAUAAAGGUAUAAUGUUUGUA